AUGGAAGCAAGAAGGACAUCAAACCAGUCAAGAAGACCACUAAGAGAUAUAUCAAAUGUCUCCGAUGAUCAUGGCCAAUCAUCUUCAAGUCAGAAGCAAUUUCGUACUCCUGGAGAACUAGCAACAUCAUCUGUGUAUCAUAGCACCGAAAACUCUCAUUGCAUCAAUGGGUUUGCUGCAUCUAAUCAUUCACCUGAAUCAAUCAAACAAAUGCCGACCAGUGGCAUGAAUAUAACACCAGAUAGAUUCACAAGCGAAAAGAAUAUUAACCAUGCAACAUUUGGGCAUCAUAUGGAUACCGAUAGCGACCAUAACUCAAAUGUUGAUUAUGAAGCUUAUUACUAUAUCAAUUUCAAUACAGAACACGAGAUCGUCGAUGAACUGAUUGAGGACGACUCAAAUAUUGACAUUGAAGGUGGGAACGAUAUAUAUGCGGAUGUUACUGGUUUUGACGGCUAUUGGGACAUUGGAGAUCCAACAUACACAUGUGAAUAUUGUGAUGCAUUCAUGUGGUUUGAAGAGAGAGCAAGGAAAGAUCGAAAAACAAACCCAAAAUUUAACAAAUGUUGCAUGCAAGGAAAGGUUCAACUUCCUAAGCUCCGAGAUCCACCUAAAGUACUUCAGGAUCUAUACACAAAUCAAGAUUCAGAGAGCAAGAAUUUCCAGGAAAAUACACGACCAUAUAAUAUGGUGUUUUCUUUUACUUCAAUGGGUGGGAAGAUUGAUUCAUCCGUCAACAAGGGACGUGGUCCAUUUACCUUUAGACUAUAUGGACAAAAUUACCACAGAAUAGGGAGUUUAUUGCCAACAACAGGAUCAUCACCGAAAUUUUCACAACUCUAUAUAUAUGAUACUGAAAACGAAGUAUCUAACAGAUUGCAUGCUUACGGCUCAAACAGUGAAAGAAAUGCAAGGAACGCAUUAGAUGAUUCAAUUGUUGAAAGGUUGCGAGAGAUGUUGGAUGCAUACAAUCCUCUAGCGCAGGCAUUUAGGGUGGCUAGGGAUCGAUUUGAAUCCAAUAAUGAGGAAACUUACAAUCUACCAACUGCAUCCGAAGUGGCUGCUCUUAUUGUUGGAGAUAUUGGGAGUUCAACAGGAGAAAGAGAUAUUAUAGUUGAGACACAAAUGGGCCAAUUGAAACGUAUAAACGAGUUACAUCCAUCUUAUCUUCCGCUACAAUAUCCGUUAUUAUUCCCCUAUGGAGAGGAUGGAUAUCGACUUGGUAUUCAAUUAAGGGACACAUCUUCCAACAGAAAAAGAUAG